UGUUUGAUCACAAGGCUGCCACAACAACUUUGACGAUCAUCCAAAACACUUGCAACCCACAAACCGACGGACGGACGGACAGAGGGACCGCAUCCUCCCAAGCACGACCAAGACCCCGACCUUGACACAACACCGCAUCCCACCAAAACCCCCUUCGCGACAACAAACAAAACCUAGCCCGCCAUGUCGGAGCGAAAAGUCCUCACAAAGUACUACCCCCCCGACUUCGACCCGAGCGCGCUCGGCCGGGUGCGCGCGCCCAAGAAGGCCGGGCCCAAAGUCCAGACGGUGCGGCUCAUGGCGCCCUUCAGCAUGAAGUGCACGACGUGCGGCGAGUACAUCUACAAGGGGCGCAAGUUCAACGCGCGCAAGGAGACGCCCGAGGGCGACAAGUACCUGGGCAUCCAGAUCUUCCGGUUCUACAUCCGCUGCACGCGGUGCAGCGCCGAGAUUACGUUCCGGACGGACCCCAAGAACCAGGACUACCAGUGCGAGCGGGGCGCCAAGCGCAACACGGAGCCCUGGCGCGUCGUGACCGAGGACGAGACGGACGAGCAGCGCCUCGACCGGCUCGAGGCCGAGGAGAAGGAGCAGGAAGGGGAGGAGGAGAGGAACGCCAUGGCCGACCUCGAGGCCAAGACGGUCGACGCCAAGCGCGAGAUGGCCGUCGCCGACGCGCUCGACGAGAUCCGCACCCGGAACGCCAGGCUCGAGAGGGCGGACCGGGACGGCGCCGAGGUCACGGUUGCGGCGCCCGUGGACGAUGAGGCGGCGCGGCAGGAGCGGGAGGAUGCCGAGGCUGCGAGGCGCGCGUUUGAGUUUGCUCGCAGGGCUGAGGCCAUGGAGGUGGAGAUUAUCGAUGACGAUGGCCGCAGCUUCGCGGCCGCGCCAGCUGCUGGGCCUUCGAGGUCGGCAUCAGCAUCGAAGCCGGCGGCGGAUUCGGGAACGAGCAGCACAGUGGAUAACGCUUCUACGUCAACAUCGUCAGCGCCAGCUUCCACGACAUCCACAGACAUGCCCCCUCCAACAUUCAAGAGGGUGGUCAAGAAGAAGAAAGACCACUCUGCCUUGCUGGGCAUCAAAAAGAAACCGUCCUUGGUAUAAAGGGUUACGCGGUCUCUGGGCUCAAUGCGGUAUACUGGUUCUGUAGCAUAGCGUUUAGUUUCACACGAUAUGAAAUGGCGGCGUCAGCCGCAUCAGUCCAUUCAGGACAUUCCUUCAACUCAUCUUCCACAUGUAAAGGGCUUCGACCAUGCAAUUGUGAUGGAUUUGGAGUAAUGCCUAGUGCGCGGAUGAUGCUGGAUCGCCCACCUUUGGCGACUCUCGUAGACAGGGACAUGUUGACAGAGGUAGGUCAGCUUUCAACACAUGCUGCGCAAUAGCACACCAACUAGAGAAUGUGGAGCUCUAGCCGCUUGCUCGGGGUUGUACAGCCAAGCCUGGGUGGCCAUCCAAUAACCAUGAACAUGGACCUGGCCCAUUCCCUGUACAUCAACUGUCCAUGCCGAUCUCGGAAAAUAGUUGGUAUGGUGGUUGAACGGAA